AUGCUGGUAACCUAUUUGGAAGCCAGCCGGGACCUUUGCGAGACGGACUCAAUUCUUUUUGGCGCCACACUGGCAGUAUGCCGUAUUAUUGGCGCCAAACUUCCCAUGGCUGAACGUGCUACUCGACAAAGUAGCGCCAUCCCAGCCUGGAAAAAGAGAAUUGAGGACCGUAUCGCAAAGGCAAGGGCCUUUAUCGGCAGACUGACAAGCUUCCGGUCGGGUAAUAAUAGACCGAGAGUUGUGCGCACCUUUAGAAUGGCGUUUGCUGGGACAAAUAUUAGUUUGUCCCAGCCGGAUAUCACGCAGAAACUAACGGAGCGCAUAGAUGACCUGAAGCAAAAAAUCGCUGCUUGGGGUAAGCGGAUUCGAAGAUUUAGCGCGAGGUCAAGGCGGUUCAACCAGAAUCGUCUCUUCCAGAGUGAUCAGAAGAGGCUCUAUAAAUCAUUGGAGCAACUAGAGUUAUGUGGAGCGGGCCCAGGACCGGAUCAGGCUGACACUGUCGCAUUUUGGCGUGGCCUGUGGUCAGAGCCCAUAAACCACAACGAGGGCCCUUGGAUGGAAGUUGUGGCGAGCCAGAGUGCGAGUGUUACGCCUAUAGACCCCAUCACCAUAACGCCAGAAGACGUGGCUGAGGCGAUUCGUAGGGCCCCGAACUGGAAAAGUCCGGGGCUCGACAGGCUGCAUCAUUACUGGCUGAAGGGGUUCGUAGUGUGUCACGCUGUGCUCGCCCGACAGUUCCAACAGGUUCUCAACCAGAAGUCGCUCCCGAGCCUCUUCACUACUGGGAUCACUCAUUUGGUUCCUAAAGAUCAGGAUACCACAGAUCCGAGCAAAUACCAAUAUUACAAAAGAUUACCAAAAGAUGCGAUUCUCCUACUGAGAUUGUUAACUUUUCUCCUGAUCAUCAAACGGACAUACAAAACUCUUCAAACUUUGAUUCAUCUGCUACAUCAACCAAAAAAAUCUCCAAUGAAAGUCGCAAAAGUAGCUGAGCCUGAUCAUGUUGUGAUCACGGUUACAGCUGAUAUCCAUGAAAACUAUCAAAACAAUCUGGAAUAUUUACCGAUACCUAAGAACUCUGAUGAAAUCGUUAAUUCAAACAAAGAAAAUAUGGAUUUCAACCGGAUACAGAUUGAGGACCAAGAACCCCUUUCCUUAAAUGAUAUUAGCCUGGACUUGGAUAUAAAUUUGAAUAAUGGUGCUGAGGAAAAUGUCAUGGAUGAACCUGUUCCUAAAAAACAAAAAAUUAACAUUUUAGAUAUUAAGAAUAUAUCAACCGAAAAUGUAUUCACCGCGAGCAAAACCGAAAAAUUAUUGCUUCUGGAAUCCACUGUGCGAAUCGGUGAAGAAUUGGCCGAACGUUGA